CCCCCACUCCUAGUUGCAGUGAGACGACAACAAAUUCAGUUAAAAAACAAUUUAUUAAUACAAAAUUCCACAUUUCUCCCUCCCACUCCACACACUCUCUCUCUCAAAAUUGAUUUCACAAAACAAUCAAACCCUUCAAUGGAUACUGAUACAUGAAUAGAGAGAAUCUUCCAUGAAGAAACAAUUCUGAAAUCUAGGGUUUCUUAAAAGCUAUAUUAGAAGAAGAAAAAGGAGGAUGAUGAAGAGGUUGUUGGGUGGACCUGGAACAGUGACUGGAUUCUUGUUGAGGUUAGGACAAUGUGCAUUUGGUGCUGCUUCCAUUAGUAUCAUGGUUACUUCUCUUGGUUUCUCUACCUUCACUGCUUUCUGCUAUUUAACUGCAUCAAUGGGACUUCAAGUGCUAUGGAGCUUUGGACUUGCAUGUCUUGAUAUUUAUGCCUUGAGAAGAAAGAGAGACCUACAAAAUCCAAUUCUUGUUAGCCUGUUUGUCGUAGGUGAUUGGGUAACAGCCAUUUUGUCACUAGCAGCUGCAUGCUCAUCAGCAGGAAUUGUAGUUUUGUAUUCGAGAGACGUGGAUAUGUGUGCGGCGCAUAAGAAUAUCCCUUGCAACAGGUUCCAGAUUUCUGUAGCUAUGGCUUUUGUCACCUGGGUUCUUACAGCGAUGUCAUCACAUGUGAUGUUUUGGAUAUUGGCCUCAGUCUAGCUCGAUGACCAACAUACACACACAGUAUAUUCGAAAACUGUGACAUGUGGGUCAAUUUUUUUGUUAUUGUCCCUCUUCAAAACUCUUGACCAGUGGUUUCUGAGUGUCAACAUGGUUGGAAUGUCAGUUGUCAUAGCGACGUCUGUGCAAUCCAUUUCUUGGUUUACAAAAAUCUUGCUAUGCCUCUCAAUCUGGGUACGGAGUACAGGUUUGAUCUAAGCUUUGGAUAUGUUUUUGUGAUCUUUCUUCCUUAAUGUAAUCAAAUUAUGGUACACAUGCUACAUGCUUGUGGUUGUACAUAAUCUUGCUUUAGUAAUUUAGUAUCCCGUAAAACUUAAAAAGAAACUGUAGUUUUCACUUCACAUGUUGUGAUUUUAAAAUCAUGCUAUAUACAGUUCGCAUAUAGUUUUUUUA